AUGAAUUUACUUCGAUCCUGUAUUGAUAUCGAUUCUAUUCGACUGGGUAGGAAGCUCAGUCAAUACGUAUUGAUCCGCUUUAAAAAACCAGGUACAAUUUUUGGUUUUCCAAUUACAACAGCCUCUGUAGCUGAAAAAAUUAAAAAGACACUUCACAGAUUAGAAAAGAAGAUAAAUGAGGGACUCUCGACAUUUAAUUUUAGAGAGCCUAGCUUAGAGGAAGACUGGCUCUUGCGUAGACGACUCAAAUUCUUCACUAACAAGAGGGAGACUGGCUCUUGCGUCGUCGACUCAAAGAUAUAUGGAAGAGAUGAUGAGAAAGAGAAGUUAGUCAAACUGUUACUAUCUUCGGAAACAUCCCAGGAUGAAUAUGCAACUUGUAUACCAGUAAUUGGUAUUGGAGGAAUUGGCAAGACAACUCUUGCUCAAUUGGCAUAUAACGAUGAGAGGGUACUCCAACAUUUCGACUCUAGAAUAUGGAUUUUUGUUUCUGAGGAUUUCAAUGUCAAGACGAUUAUGAAGACAGCCAUUGAGUGUGCAACAGAGGAUGAAUGCAAGUUGUCGGAGAUUGAACUACUUCAGUCUCGGCUUUCGAAAUUGCUACAGAAGAAAAGAUGCCUGAUUGUGUUGGAUGAUGUUUGGACGGAAGACCAGGAUGAUUGGGACAAAUUAAGACCUUUGUUUAGAGGGGGUCUUGAUGGAUGUAAAAUCAUUGUCACCACCCGCAGUCAAAAAAUUCCAUUCAUGAUGGACUUCCCAAAUUCACCAUUUUAUUUAAAUGGUUUGAAGGAUGAUGAUUGCUGGUCCUUGUUCAAGCAUCGCGCAUUUGGAUUUGGAGAAGAAGAGAAGUAUCCAAAUCUUACACGGAUUGGAAAGGAGAUUAUCAAAAAAUUUGGAGGAGUGCCGUUAGCUGCAAAAACUUUGGGAAGCUCAAUGCGCUUGAAAAGAGAAGAAAAACAGUGGUUAUUUAUGCGAGAUUGUGAACUCUGGGAAUCAGAUGAAAGCCAACAUAAAGUUUUCCCUGCCCUGAUGUUGAGUCUUACCCCACAUCUUAGACAAUGCUUUGCAUUCUUCUCAUUAUUUCCCAAAAAUUAUGAGUUCAAGAAGCAGAAGUUGAUUCAUCUAUGGAUGGCAGAAGGCUUCAUUCCAAAAGAAGGAAGCAAGAGGCCUGAAGACAUUGGUGAGGAAUACUUUUCCGAAUUGUUGUGGAUAUCUUUCUUGCAAGAAGUACGGCUACAUGACGGUGGAGAAACAAUUGGAUACAAGAUGAAUGAUAUCAUUCAUGAUCUUGCACGAUAUGUUGCAGGAAAAGAAUAUGUGGUACUUGAACAGGGUCGGCCACAAAAUUGGUCACCAGCAGAGAUUCGUCACGCAUCUGUUGUUUAUAGAUAUGGUGCAAGAAUUACAAUUCCAGAAACUCUAUAUGAAGCAGAACAUUUGCGAACUCUCUUAUUGAUUGGAGAUUCUGGCUCAUUACAGAACGGAGAUAAAAUUUAUUCAAGUUUUGAGUACUUGCGAGUGCUAGAUCUCAACAACUGUGAUCUUGUUGAUCUGCCGAAUUCCCUUGGUGAUUUGAUAUGUUUGAGACCUUAA